UGUUCCAUGUUAUAAAAAAUAAAGUUGGUGACUAAUGGGACACUUGAACCCAAAAAUUAAAUAGAGAACGAGACAAAGGUUAGCACUUGGUGUCCAACAAAACAAAGGAGACCUUUUCAGUCACUGAUUCGACACAACCAGUGCCGUAUUUUUUAAUUACCCAUAUUAUACCAGCCACAAAGGAAAUAUUCUAGUCAACCGGCGUUUGAAGCUUCACCGUGUUCCCCUUUUUUGUAUUAAUGGACACUGGUCGAUCGUCACACUCGCCCAAAAAACAAAGAAGCCACAACUUUUCUUCUGAUUGGGAGUUAAGUGAAUUUUCUUCUGAGGAUUCUACAGAUUUGGAUGACCUGGUUCAGGGUAACCUGUAUUCUCGAGAGGCCUUAAAUAAGCAAGCUGUACAUCCCACUUCUCCCCGACUUACAGACAAAGACUUAAUACUUAAUCUCUCGGAAGAUGUCACAAAAGAACAAGUUAACCACCUACUUAGGAAAGAAAGCUCUCAACAGGAGCCUUCCAACACUUCAACUGUACGUAAGUUAGAUGUUACCCUUAGAAGACUUAUAAAACAGACUAACCUACUGAUCUGGAUAGCCCACGGGCUUUAUCGCAAUUCUAUUUCACGCUCCUCUUCUUUAAAGAAAGAAGUGAUGGGUCUUUUGUUAAAGGAAAAUAAGAUGAUGGAGCCCUCCGAAAGGCUUCGUCUCUGCUCAAUGCUGACUUUUUUUUGUGAGCAUUACUCCCUUGAGGAGAAGGGUUCCUCUCAAGAGGAUGCAAACGUUUCUAAAAGCUCUGUUCUCGAAGAGAGUAGGGCUACCGUGCUUAGAAAAAUUAAUUUUAAAGUACAGGAGCUGCUGUAUAAGUUGCGCACGAACACACUAGCAGAAGACGAUUAUAUACACAUAUUCGUUGCACUUCUGAGAGCAUUUUUCCAGGACACCCGACUCGUUCUUUUUAUACGCCCCAUGAAGUUUUCUGCAUCCCAAAAGUCUGGCAAAGUCUUCCCUGUGAGUCGAGCAUGGGCGGAAGUUUAUCUGACUUCCGAGAAAAGAUAUGUAGCGGUCGAUCCGGUAACCCGAACCGUCGACAAGUGCGAUAGUAUAGUCGGCCCUCUUAAAUGCUCCAAUUUCUACUGUUUAGCCUUUUAUCAAGACGGCUCAGCCUUUGAUGUUACUGCGAAGUACGCUAAAGACUUCUUGUCUUUGUCUAAAAAGCGACAAGUAUUGAAUAAUUGGUGGAGGCAAAAUGUUUCAUUGCUGCGCACAAAUAAUGAAGGAUUUCUUGAGAAAGAAAAAAAGGAGCUGGACCAAAUUAAGAAGGGUAUUUUACUUCAAGCCAUCCCGUCCACUCUCUCGGGGCUUAAAAAUCAUCCUCUAUAUGUUCUUCAGCGGCACAUACCACGCGAUCAGUUGCUCUUCCCCUUUGAUUCUCGUCCAAUCGGCUUUUUCAAAGGAGAGCCUGUUUAUGCUCGGCACCAGUUGAAAGCUUGUAAACGCCGCCUCCAGUGGCUUAAAGAAGGGCGUCAAGUCAAGGACGGAGAGCAGCCAGUGAGGGUGGCGUUUCGAAGGAAACGAUAUACUCGGUCAUUCGAAACUGCUGAUGACCCUUCCCAGGAAUAUAAAACCGUCCCUGGAGAAGUUGAGCUUUUUGGCGAAUGGCAAACAAUUUCCUUUCAGAGACCCGUUGCGUCGGCUGGAACUGUUCCUUUAAACCGCUUUGGUAACGUGGAGCUGUUUCAACCGUCUAUGCUGCCCAUCGGCUGCGUUCACAUCGAUUUGCCCCGAGCUGAGGAGCUUGCCAAAAGACUAGGUAAAGUAGUAUAUCUUGAUCGGUUGACCUGCAGACAGGUGCCCACUGUCUUAGACGUUUUUUAUGGACGAGCGCUGACAGGCUUUCAGUUCCGCAAGGAAAAUACGAUCCCAGUCAUCAACGGCAUAGUCGUUUGCAAAGAGGACGCUAUCUUUUUAAUGGAGGCGUGGUAUCAGCUGGAGUGUCACCGUAUUGACAAGGUGUGCAGAGAGCGAAAGCGCAGUACCUUAGCCUUGUGGUCGCGGCUCGCAAGGAGAUUACUUUUUCGUCACCAGCUUCGGCACCGUCUGAAGGCGCAAGCAGAAAUCGAUAUCGUGUCUAAAAGUAAGCGUGAGACGAGUAAAGAAUAGAAAUCGAUUCAAUAAUUGAGGCCAUUGUCUUUAUGUUUUUGUCGCGCUUAUUGCGCUACUUUCAUUUUCUUGGAAUCUAGAACACAUUUACCAUGAUACUAAUACAUUAGAAAGGGUAGGAAACUUUCUUUUUACCCUGAAGAAAUCUUGCUUGUAUUAGGUUACCAAAAACGCAGUAGAUUUUUUAUUAUUAAGUUCAUUAGAAAGAUUAAAAUCUAAAAGAGCAAAUUUUACUUGUAGACUAUUGAACAGAACCAUAAAUGGCGCAGACUGUAAGUUCUUGGAGUUGCCUGAAAUUGUUGCAGUUAAGGCUACUUAAGGCAGAGCAUUGUUUUAUGCUAUAAUAGCGCAGUUUCUGACAGCGCUCUACGGUUUUCUUUAAGAAGUCUUUUACUACUUAUUACAGUAUAUUCAAUUAGUCAAGCUUUUUUCGUUGGUUACCACCUUAUAAGCCUAGUGUGCUAUAUGUACAAUGGAAACUUUAUCUUGUAAUUGUAACGAAUUAGUAGGUGCCGUUAGCAUAUAUAUAAGUACUAUAUCUAACACUCACACUUGCAUGCACA